UGGCACUGCUGCGGCGUGGACGGCCACACGGACUGGCACGCCGCCCUGCAGGCCAAGGUGGUCCCCGACCGCUGCUGCCAGGACGUCCAGCCCGGCUGCGGCCGCAACGCCUCCAGCACCGUCUGGACACGGGGUUGCUACGACAAAGUGGAGGAGUGGCUUGACGACAACAAACACCUUAUCGGAACCAUCGCCAUGUGUGUCCUGGUCGUACAGCUCCUUGGUAUGGCGUUCUCCAUGACACUAUACCAACAGAUCCACCGGGCAGGGAAGAAAUAUGAAGCUUGACGGGCUCGAUUCCUUCAUAUUUUUCGUUCAAGAGUGCUUUGUAAACGGUUACCUUUUUCAUGUUACGAUUUAAAUACGCUACAUUAGUGCAUGGCAUGCCACGUCAGAAUAUAUUUUUUAUCAUGCGUUCCUCGUCUAUAGACUAACAUUCGUACUGUUGUGAAUACAAUAUGAGCUAAUAAUGUCUAUUAACAGCAAUAAUCUCAUCGCAGUGUAACUACUAGUGUUUCUAUUUAAACGAGUUGUGAAGUAUUGAGGUCAAGUCAAGGUCAACCAGAAUCGACUGAGGGCAGAGAAGGGGCUCGUUUUGUUAAAAGCUUUGAAUGCCCUUGCAACAGAAACAUUUGUAUAGAGAUGCGUUUAUUAACCACUGAGCAUUGUGUGUAUACUGUGCCCAAUAAAACCAAGAGACAGAUAUCUGAAACAUA